AUGUCGGCCGGCCCUGCACCACCAAACCCAGGGGCACCCAAGAAACCACUCAGAGCACCAUCCGCCAGCUCUGGGUUUGGCCGUCGGUUAGCCCUUGGGGGAGCAGCAGUCGCCCUGGUAUAUGCACUUCUUCCAGCACGAUCACCCAAACCGGCCGGAGCGCCUGUCGAUGCUUUCAAAACACCGGGCGUGAAGAACAUAGAACGGGCAUAUACCAACGGAGGCGCAACCCCAACCCACACCAAAGCAUAUGGUGGAACGAUCCAAGGAAAGGGGACAGACGGAACACCCAGAGAGAGUUCGGGAACGAAUCAAGCUGCAGGAUUCGAUCGACCAGGUUUCGGCUCCGACCAAAGACCACAGCAGCCAACAAAGGCUGAAGCGCUGUUCAGCGAGAUUCAGUACGGCAGUGCAAAAGGGAAAUAA